AUGUGUCCUGCCAUUAAUACUGGUUAUCAAGUUACAAUAGCACCAGGUGCAUAUGUUUGUGAAGAGCGUCUUCAAUUAGUAGGAGAAAUUUCUAUCGGAAGUAAAACUAUUAUACAUCCAGGUGCGAGUAUAAUUGCUGAGGCUGGUCCAAUUUUUAUCGGCGAUGGAAAUCUUAUUGAAGAGCAAUGCGUUAUAGCUAAUCGAUUCCCAUCCGGUAUUGAUAAAGAUCAAAUGAAUCAAGUUGUUAUGAUAAUAGGGAAUAAUAAUGUCUUCGAAGUCGGCUCACUGUGUGAAGCUCUCAAAGUUGGCGAUAAUAAUAUUCUCGAAUGUAAAGCUCAAGUUGGUCGUAGCGUUACAUUGACAAGUGGCUGUGUUAUUGGUUCAAUGUGUUCACUGACAACAAAUGAAACUUUACCAGAAAAUACUGUUAUAUUCGGCAGUGAUCAUCAACGACGUACAAUGCCUGAUCGACCAGCUUUUCAAACGCAUCAACUCGAUUUCCUUGCGCGCAUUCUGCCAACAUCCCAUUACGUUCUAAAACAUGGAACAAAAAGUCAUACACCAGCAUCUACAUAG